UUUUGGUUUCAUAGGUGAAAUUUGUUGGUUGAUCUGGAUUAUUUUAUUAAACCCGGUUCUGUCUCUGAAUUUUACGGCUGAACGGAAUUGGGUCGUGUUAAUUUUCAUUUUUUUUAAAUUUUUUGGGUCAAACAGGUUUCUUGAUUGGCUUAUUUCGUGAGGUUAAUUGGAGAUCUCUUUUUUGUUUUUGUUAUAAUUUUAUGCUGUUUUAAUGUGUUGUUGAUGUUCUUCAUCUAAUAAGAUGUCAAUAUUUUGCGAAUUGGAUUUGGCUGUUGUUCUGCAUCUGGAAAAGGUUUUGAUUUCUGUAACUUGUGUUGAUUCCGGCAAUGUGAUAAGUGGAAUUAGAAUUGUAUAUUUGUGACAAGAUUGGAGGGCGAGCUUGGCGCAACAGAAAGGUUGCUCUUUUGUGACCGAAAGGUCACAGGUUUGAGUCAUGGAAACAGCCUCUUGCAAAGUAAGGGCGGUAUUUUCGUAGGGUUGAGGAAGAUAAAGUUGUUAUCGGUUCCAGAGGAGGAACUUGAAGCUUGGUAGGGAUAGAAUAGUAAACAAAUUACACUAGGCAGAGAUGUUUUCGUUGUUUUACGGACUAUGGAAAUAUAUGUUCAGUAAGACGGAGUUUCAUGUGCUCAUUCUUGGAAUCGACAAGGCUGGGAAGACGACUUUGCUCGAGAAGUUGAAGUCAAUGUACUCAAACUUGGAGGGUCUCCCUCCUGAUCGAAUUGUUCCAACUGUGGGACUAAAUAUUGGUCGUAUUGAAGCAUCAAAUACCAAGCUUGUGUUCUGGGACCUAGGGGGUCAGCCUGGUCUUCGCUCAAUCUGGGAGAAAUAUUAUGAAGAAGCACAUGCUGUGGUCUAUGUAAUUGAUGCCACUUGUCCAUCACGUUUUGAAGAUUCAAAAUCUGCAUUAGAAAAAGUUCUUCGGCAUGAGGAUUUGCAAGGAGCUCCUCUAUUGAUUUUGGCCAACAAGCAGGACGUUGCUGAUUCUGUAUCAGCUGAGGAACUUGCUCGAUAUCUGGAUCUUAAAAAGUUGGAUGAAAGGGUUUUUAUGUUUGAAGCCGUUUCAGCAUACGAUGGGAUGGGGAUUAAAGAAAGCGUGGAGUGGUUGGUGGAGGUAAUGGAGAGAAGCAAGAGAACCGAAACACUGAGAGCCCGAGCAGGCCCGGCUUCUGCCUAGAAUGGCAUUGUAUGAAUCGACAUGCAGUUUUCUUGCCUUGCUCUGCUUCUGUACCAAUUGUGUAAGUAAAUCAGGCUUUUUGAAUUCUAAUUAAAUUACUACAUGAUUCAAAGUAAAAAAAAAAUCAAGAUUUCACUUGUUUUCUUC